UUAUCCUACUGCCAUAAAAGAAGAUCGAAAAAACUGAAAACAAGUUUCUAAUAAAUACAAAUUUAUCCAUUGUUUUAGUGGAACCGAACAAGAGCAAUGCGUGGGCCUUUUCUAUUCCUGUUGAAUUUCCUUGUCCUACAUGCGGACAAUGUCCAGGCGUCUUUCUCCAACGAGGAUGAUCAGGAGCACACCCCGUACAUGAGGCAGCUGUUCCGUCUAGCAAAGGCCGCCGAGAUCAAGAGCUUUAUGAACACGACGGCCGAUCCGUGUAGCAACUUUUACGAGUUCGCCUGCGGUAACUAUAAGUACAUCAACCCGGCCAGAGCUUUGGAGGUGGUCAGCACAGGGUCGAUUGAAACCUUGCAAAAGGGCUUCAAGCGGAAACUUCAGGAGAUGCUAAGCACGCCGCAACAUGGUCACGACACUCCGGAGGACGUCCAGGUGAAGCGCUUCUACGAAUCAUGUACGCGGCUUACGUUCAACACAUUCGAGCAGCAGCUCAAGGAGCUGAUUUCCGAGUUCGGCUCGAUGCCAGUGCUCGUGGGAAACUUUUGGCGGGAGGAGGACUUCCACUGGCUGGAAACCUCUGGGCGCAUCGGUCACCGCUACGGAGUAAGCGCAAUCAUAGAAGCAUUGAGUUCGGAUGAGGGAACGGCAGUUCUAAGUCCGCCCAAGUUCAUUCUGGAGCCUCCAGCGGAUUACAUGAGGGAACGGGAUCGGAUCGCGGUCAUCUUAAAGCGUAAUUUGGGCGUUGAAAGCAGACUGGCUGAGCAAACGGCUCGGGAGCUGCUGGAGUUUGAAGAGACCCUGGGUCGGAUGCCAGAGGACGGGAAAAGUCAAGUUAAAGCAUUUCGAGUAGAAGAAGAGCACCAACCCCUCUUGGAUGUGCAUCGCUUGUUAAAUGUCACGUUUGUCGGGGUGCAGACUAUUCUCGUGGAAAACUUGGCGUACACUCGACACCUGAAUGAAGUAAUCAAAAACUUUCCUCAGCGGACUGUGGCGAACUACAUAUUCUAUUAUCUGGUUAAAAACUUUCUCGACUUUCCAUGGCGUACUUCCCCGAACUUGAAAAAGGAGUGCGUGGAUUUAACCAGAAAGCACAUUCCCAGGAGCUUGGACAACAUGUUCUAUCGACGACACAAGAAGGCAGCCUCUGAUAUAAGGGACAUUUGGCACCAGAUCAAGGACGCAUUCAACAGGACCCUUUUUAGCCCGCACCUGAAUUGGAUCCAAAAUUCAACACAAAAGACUGCCUACGCCAAGCUGCAGAAAAUGACGCUAAAUCUACUAAACUAUGAGGCGAUCAACUUCACCCAGAAGUUCGAGGGGCUCAACCUCACCAGCUCCAACUACUUUGAGAAUCUCAGACGCGUUAAGCAGAUUUUGGCUGUGCGGCGAACUUCAGACAAAAUCCUUGACAGUUACUACUCUCCGGCAUAUAUAUUGUUUCAUAACAAAAUUAAUAUGCCGGUGGCCUACCUGCAGCGGUACUAUUUCUGGGCCGAUGCGUAUCCCAAGGCCCUCAAGUUUGGCACAUUAGGUUUUUUUAUAGGGCAUGAGCUUGUCCAUGGAUUUAGCAGCGAUGGUCUUGGGUACCUUGAUGGCGAUACUUACAAUUGGUGGGAUCGACGAUCCCAUAAGAAUUACAUGGAGCGGGAAGUUUGCUACAAAAAGCAGUACGGGGGUUAUCCAGAUAUGGAGACCACUGAUCAGACCGAGAAUAUCGCUGACAACGGAGGCUUAAGUCUCGCCUUAGCCGCCUACAAAGAGUGGUCUGAGAGGCAGAAAAAGGUGGAUGGCACCAGAAUACACCUGGAAAACGAGCAAUUGCCGAGCUUGAACUUUACCUCGAAGCAGUUGUUCUUCCUCAGCUUUGCUCAGAAGCUUUGCCAGGACAUAGAUUAUGCUUCACUGGCAGUGCCUUUGACUUCCGAGCUACAUGCGUCAGGAUACAUACGAGUUAUUGGUACCUUAUCCAACCUCGAUGAGUUCUCACAAGAAUUUAACUGCUCUAAAGGUUCCUCGAUGAAUCCCAAGCAAAAGUGUACAAUUUACUAG